ACACAUAACGUUACAUGGUACAAAACAAGGCAAGGGGUCAUCGAGCAAGGGGUCAUCAUCAAUAUGGCCGCCGUAGACCAAGAACCCCACGCCAGCGCAGUUCAUCCUCGUUCCUACCAGAACGAGAGCUACCUGAAAGGGUUUCUUGGAACUGUAGGCGACUUACAGAAGGCUGAGGUACUGCAGGAUGUCGUCCUUGAAGUCGAGGGCCGGCGAUUUCCCUGCCAUCGGCUUGUUCUGUCUGCGGCCAGCCCCUACUUCAGGGCCAUGUUUACAAGUGACAUGGCGGAAAGUCGGCAGAAAACGGUUCUUUUACAGGGUUUGGAUGCCAACGCUUUUGGGGAGAUCCUGAGUUACAUCUACUCAGGAACUCUCAAUGUGGACAAAGUGCAGCCCCUGUACCAGGCAGCCGACCUCCUCCAACUGGACUAUGUGAGAGACACCUGCAGCAGCUACAUGGCCAUGAGUGUGCAGCGCUCCACCUGUGUGGACCUGUACAAGUUUGCCGAUGUCUUCUCUGUCGACAGUGUCCUGAAGCGCAGUCUGCAUUUCAUCUGUAUGCACUUUGCUGAGGUUGCUUCAAGGGAGGAUUUCUGCAGCCUGAGUGUGAAUCAGCUGACUGAGAUCAUCAGCCAUGAUGAGCUGGAUGUUAAAGAGGAGACAACAGUGUGGGAGGCUGUGGUGAGAUGGGUGCAGCACAGCAGGGAGGACAGACUGCACCACCUACCCAGCAUCCUCCCUCACAUCCGCUUCAACCUGCUGACCUCAGACGACACGGCAGCCAUCUUGGAUCACCCCCUGGUCAGGGAGGAUCCUGGAAGAUCUGCCAUCAGGAAUGUGGUAAAGGAGGCCUCCAACCAGAAUAAGAGAGCGGGGAUGGAUACUCUGGAGAUGGCCAUGAUUUUCACAGAAUCGACCUAUGAGAUCUUCUACAUGAAUCCCAGGGAAGGCAAGUAUAUCAGCUGCACUUAUUCUGAAGAGCUUCUGAGUACCAGUCCAAUAACUACUGCCAGUGGCAACAGUAUUUAUAUCGUGACUGAAGAACCCAUGGGUGCAGAUACUGAUCAGUUGGCGGUGAUAGAGUACAGCCAUGCAGGCAAGGCAUGGCAGCGUGCUAAUAUGUCCUCAUUUCGUAGGCCUGACAUGUCUCGCAGUUCUGGGAUUGAAGAGUUUCUAGUUGAAGUUGAUAAGGUUUUAUAUUACCUUUUUGUGUCAAGGAAAGAGGUAGGUAUAUCGGUGUUGAUCAGAAAGUACGACCGGUACACUGACCAGUGGCAGGAGUGUUCACAGCUGAAACUCAGGAUCAGCAACUUCCUAGAUGACAUGGCUUACUACACAGCAGUGUCGUGUGGUCCGCACAUCUAUUUCCUCAUGAACACAGAGAUGCAACGCUACGACCCAAUCCAGGACUCUUGGUCCAAGCGGACUCCACCAAAUCUUGAGUACGAAUUCUGCACAAGAGUUUCCUUGGGAACAAAGAUCUUCUGCACAGAUUUUUAUUUCAGCAAGACCAUGGUGUACGACACAGAGUCUGACUGCUGGCAGGAACUGCAAGGCUGGCCAAACCCAGACCCAGGAAACAUUCAAAGUAACAGCUCUCCUACUUUUUUUGUACUGGAGAACCAGCUGCAUGUAUGGUUUAAUGUCUUAAACGCUGCCUUACGACAGUCAGACUAUCUUGUAUAUGUCUAUGACAGGUCUACUGAUACCUGGAGGGACUUGGAGGCCACCGUGCCUCGUGGAGAUUAUUUAACGUCUUAUUCCCAGCUCCCAGUGGCACAUAUGUACCUGCCAUGUCUUACUGCUCUGACUUGA